GAGAAUGGUGACAUAUGUAGGUUAUCUGGUUGUUCCAGGACAUUGCUCACUCCUCACAGGCGUCUUCUCUGAGUGACGAGACAGAGGCUACAGCAAUACAGUUCACAUGCUAAAACAUCAGGAUCGGUACCCGUACGGCCCCGUCUCAUUUCCUUGCCCCAUUUGGCCAGUUCCCGCUGGCCGUCCCGUUUGCUGUUACCCUAGUGUGAUUCCCUACUCCCUGCACUGCUGUGUAGUUCAGCAGGUUGAGUGUGUGGCUCGGGAGCUGCUAUCCCUCCUGUCAUGAGUCUGCGGCUGACCUGGGCCCUGCCUCACCUUUCUGUUAUGUUUUGGUUUUAUUUUAUCCCCUGUGGCCUGUACUACGAAGCAGGGUUACUGGCUUAUCGAGGUAACUUGUUGGAUUUAAGGUAGUCUGGGCAAAAUGUAAGUGAACGAAUAUGGAGUCCAUUUAAACUGUGGUACCUUAAAUCCAACAAGUUACCCCGAUAAGCCAGUAACCCCGCUUCGUAUUACAGGCCACAGGUGUCUGUAUGGUUAUGUUAUGUCUUGUUUUUGGUUACCCUGCCCGUGCCUUGUCUAUGUUCUGUUUUAUGUUCCUUGAUCUCUCCUCGUGUUGAUAGCCCUCACUGUUUCUACCUGUUUCCUAGUCUCGAUUGCCUGUUAAUUGGAAAUUUACCCCACCUGUUCCUUGUUGCCCCGAAUCUUUAGUGAGGGGUUGAUCACCUGUCCUGCAUCGUGACUUGACAGCAGCGUUUCCUUAGUGGUUCAUGGUGAUCAUGGUGUUUCCUUCUGUUGCUGUGUGAUUAUUAGUUGUAGUUGCCCUGUGUUGCUCCCUGCCCUAGUUUAGUUUUGACCCCUCGUGGUCCCUCUGUGAAGCCGCUGUGUGCAUCAUCUCUCCUUCACCUGCCGUAACACUAAAAUAUUUUGUGAGCUGCAGUACAGGUUGGUUUAGUUAUGAAACCUAAAGAACAAACAGCAGCUGUAAAUCUGCCUUAUUGGCAGAUCGUUACCGCAUAUUACAGUUACUUUGAAAUCCUUUAUAAUAUGGUGGUUGUAAAUAAAUAUCGUAACCAUGUUUGUGUGUAUUAAAUAAGUGCAUACAAAGUGUUAAGCGACCUGUAAAGCACAAAUAUGCUUACAGGUAGCGAGAUUACCUGCUUUCACUAUUAAUGACAGUUAAGUUACAGUUAAGCACUUUGUGUGAUCCAGUUGCUAUUCAGGCAAAUAUGCUUUUCCCACUACACGUAAUAAGGCUUUUUAUCUGGGUAUAGUAUAAAACAAUUUUUUGAUUUUAAUGUUAUUCUACAUAUAGUGAAUGAAGAGAACAUCGCGAUACAUGAAAGUUAAAAGUACCUAUACUAAGUUAUAGGUGUACAUACUUAUAAGAAGUGGUUUAGGUAUAGUUAAGAAGAAGCGUUGCUCCUAACGAAACAAGUGUCCAACCAGCCCUCCACCCUUGAGCAUCUGUAAUGUUCUGAAUUACAGAGUCGAUUACAAGGCAUUCAGCAGGGACAAGGCCAAUGAAUACCGAAAAGGAAAAUUUGUUUUCUGAAUGAAGUAGUACGUCCCCAAGCGGCAGAAACGUCCUCUUUUUUUUCUUCCUCCAUUUUCCCCCCAAGCCAUUCCAUGGGAAAAGAAAUUUUCCUUAAGUCCUUGGAGAAAUUGUGCUAUUUUAAGGGUUUACGUCAUACAUUUACGAUUCGGCCUUUAAUUCUCUCCACUGCAUUCCCCUAAAACGGUCAGGCUUUUAAUAUGCCUUUCUUAUUAAGGCAAAUACCGACAUUCUGAACACAGUCAUAUAUGUCAGUUAAUUUCUUUAGAAUUUAAAAUUCAAUUUAGCGUUUAAUGAUUAAGGGUCUUUACUUAAUAAAAGAAUCGCAAGUGAAGUGGUAUUAGGAGCUGCAAUAUGGUGUUUUCUUGGUUUAUAUGUCGUGACAGCCAUAUAGGAGUGUUCAAUGUUUGCCUUUAGGGUAUGAUCGCGGUGGAUUUGGUAAUAACACAAUUCAAGUAACUUAUUUCACUUGCGUCGUAGGAUUCUGCAAGAAAAUAGACACAAUGAUAAGCACACGGAGGACCGAAACGAAAGCGAAGAGUGUCCUGCAUGCGAGAGAGCGUCCACACGUCAGCCCACUUGGGGAGGGCACUGCUGCUUAAAAUGCUGUGAAUGUGACAGCCAAUAGUCCAGACUGCCAGCGUGAAGAAGGUGAUGGGAUAAUCCAAGCGAACCUGCAGAGAAAAUGAGAGCACAGACAUUGUGCCCGCAGAAGGAAGACGGACACCGGUAAGGGAAGGCGCAAACGGAAACGGGCGCUCUCCUCUACAAGUGACUGACCGAUUCUCCGAGACAUCCAGGGCACACACCGACAGGGGAGAAACCGAGAUCGGACCGUGGUUCCAGUGCCAUUACCCUCCAGGGGGGAAAGAUGACAGUGGUGCCCUCAGAUAAUCUGGAUGAGACUGUGGCACUUGCAGCCCUGUCCCAAGAUGUCUAUGAUCCCGAACAGGCGGACCAAGAAUGCUGCGAGAGGGUGGUCAUCAACAUUUCCGGGCUACGCUUCGAGACUCAACUUAAAACCCUUGCCCAGUUCCCCAACACCUUGCUGGGGGACCCGAGAAAAAGAAUGCGUUUUUUUGAUCCACUAAGAAAUGAAUACUUCUUUGACAGGAAUCGACCGAGCUUUGAUGCCAUCCUCUAUUAUUACCAAUCUGGAGGACGGCUUAGAAGACCCGUGAACGUACCCGUGGACAUAUUUAUGGAGGAAAUUAAAUUCUACGAAUUGGGAGAGGAAGUCAUCGAAAAUUUCAAGGAAGACGAAGGGUUCAUCAAAGAAGAAGAACGUCCUUUGCCAGAAAACGAAUUUCAGCGUCAGGUCUGGCUCUUGUUUGAAUAUCCCGAGAGCUCAGGACCAGCCAGGGGAAUUGCAAUAAUUUCUGUUCUUGUGAUCUUGAUUUCAAUUGUGAUUUUCUGCUUGGAAACCCUGCCGGAGUUCAGGGAGGAAAACAGAUAUCCCGAGGAUUUCCUUCAUGUGAACGGGACUACUCACAUGAAGAAGCCAAAUCCGUUCACAGACCCUUUCUUCAUAGUUGAAACACUGUGCAUCAUCUGGUUUUCUUUCGAGCUGUUGGUGAGGUUCUUUGCCUGCCCUAGCAAGCCCGCCUUCUUCAAAAACAUUAUGAAUACCAUCGAUAUAGUGGCAAUUAUGCCCUAUUUCAUCACGCUAGGUUUGGAGCUCGCAGAACAUCAAGGGAACGGGCAACAAGCGAUGUCGUUGGCAAUACUGAGGGUGAUCCGUCUGGUGCGUGUCUUUAGGAUCUUCAAGCUCUCCAGGCACUCGAAGGGUCUGCAGAUCCUUGGAAAGACGCUCCAGGCUAGCAUGAGAGAACUGGGUCUCUUGAUAUUCUUCCUUUUCAUCGGGGUCAUCUUGUUUUCAAGCGCGGUGUACUUUGCUGAGACCGAUGACCCAGAGUCGGGAUUCAGCAGUAUUCCCGAUGCUUUCUGGUGGGCUGUGGUGUCCAUGACUACUGUGGGCUACGGGGACAUGUGCCCAGUCACAAUCGGUGGCAAAAUAGUCGGUUCGUUGUGUGCCAUCGCCGGUGUGCUUACCAUCGCGCUGCCCGUCCCUGUGAUCGUCUCAAAUUUCAACUAUUUCUACCACAGAGAGACGGAGCACGAGGAGCAAUUUGAGUACACGCAUGUAACAUGUGGACAGCAGCAGCCCUCGUUUGGAGAAUUCAAAAAGAGUGACAGCAAGCCUUCCCUUGCGAAAUCCGACUACCUGGAUUCAGACGAUUACGAGGCAUUCAAAUAUACAAACUGUAGCCCAAACAAAGUGUACACGGGCAAGCUGACUGAUGUAUGAUUGUUCAGCACAGCAGAAAUGAAGUAGAGAAACGUGCGUUUCUUUCAACGGUGACGAACCCAAAAGCUGAGUGGUAUUUCUGUGAGAAACCCACUCCACCAUGACACCCCCAGUUCCGAGUUCCUAAUAAACCGUUCUAGACAGAAGUUUAGAUUUAAACUGUCAUUUAUAGGGACACAGAGUAAUUUACGCAUUAGCUUAAAGAUUUGGUCGACCGGUAGUGAGUGCAAUUUUUUCCUGUUUUUAAGUAAGUUUUUCUUUUUUUCAAUGAUCUGAAUCACAACUUCAUUUCUGAAACGCUACUUUUUAAACAUUGUUAAAUGUGAAAGCUUUUCAGAACGACCUAGCAGACAGGCAGUUCAUAUCGACCCUGUCAAGGUCUGUUAUUUGAAUGCUACUGUCGCCGUUUCGGAAAUGAAGUACCACUCGCGUGGGUCACAAACGCCCCGUCGGUUACCUGGGAUACUGUUAGCUAUAGUGCUGUUUUACUUCAGUCGAGGAGAUGGCCGGAGUAGAUGUCCGGAAUAUGCCGUAGUUUUUAGUGUCACCUGUGCCACCCUGUGCAUCCUGUGCGCUCCAGCCCGCCACGUGACUCAGCUCCGUGUUGCUGCCCUUCCGUAACCCGGGGGUUCUGCGCACGCGACAGUGCUCCCGUCCCCGUGGCGACCCGCUAACAGCUUAUACCUGUAAUGUAACAAGAGCGACGUCUCUGUGUGUCUCGCAGGUGUCAGUUUGUCUGAAGUCCUCCAACAGUGUCUUCUAUCCUGUGAUAUUAACUUGACGGAUUUUUUUUUAGUUACAGUACGUAACCUGUGUGGUUAAAUUAACAAUAAUUAAUGAUAAUGGCGUCUUCAUAGGCAGUAAAUUGCAAAUUUAUAUAUGUAUGUACUGCUGACAUGCAUAUACGUGUUUAAACAAUGGAGGCAUUAGUAAUACUAGAUGUGACAAAUUGAAAAUGUGGCCUUUUGUCUUUCGUCGUACUGAGAUGUAUAUUAUCUGUACUGUUCACGCGCACAUAUAUAAACAAAUAUAUAAAAUAAUGAUAUGUUUAUACACCUGAUGUCUAAUGAAUAAACA